UGAUAGCACGUCUCUAUAUAAAGAGAGAAGGCUUGGAAUAAUAGUGAGGCUGGCAAAGAAGUUUCUCUUCGUAUAUGGUGGUGCUAGUGCAGAAAAUAAAAGAAAAAAGGAGCUUAGUCAAUGGAUUUCUCAAAUGCCCCGUGGUUCUCAGAGCUGGGAGUGGAAAAUUUAAUUUUCGAGGAUCAAUGUGGUUUCAUGGAGUCAUUUGAUGAAGAUUUGGCUGCACUUCUUGGAGAAGAAUCCCCGACUUUGUCUCCACGAAGUAAUUGCUCAUCAACUCUGAUUCGGAGUAGCAGCUCUUCCACCGAUUUGCGCACUUCAUCAUGCAUGGAAAAAAAUGAAGUGGCCAUGGAACCACCAUCCAAGCAGAAAAAGCCUGACAAUUAUAACUUUUCUAGGCCUAAUCUUGAUCCCUCUUCUACUCCAAUCAUUCUCAAUUUUGGCAGCUUCAAUUCUCCCGAAAGUCCUCAACCACUGAACCUAAGCUCCUUGAAUCGCGAAGAAAAGGCAGCAGUUUCUGAAAUUUUAGGAAAUCCUGUCGAGCCUACUAAAAGCGCCCCAACAACAAAGAAAACCAGCCGGGUUAGGCCGCCAUCUCAAACCUACGAUCACAUAAUUGCAGAAAGAAAGCGGCGUGAGCAGCUCAGCCAGCAAUUUGUUGCUCUUUCAACAAUUGUUCCUGGCCUGAAGAAGAUGGAUAAAAACUCUGUACUGGGAGAUGCUAUCAAGUAUUUGAAACACCUUCAAGAGCGUGUGCACAGUCUUGAGGAACAAUCAGCAAAACAGAACCUGGAAUCUGUGAUUGUCAAGAGAUCGAGGCUUCAGAUGGAAGACGAGGGAUCGUCCUAUGAGAGUAACAGUUCCUGCGAACAGCAUUUGCCGGAAAUAGAAGCUAGAGUGUGCAACAACCACAUUCAUCUCAGUAUCCACAGUAAGAAACACAAAGGGGUUCUGUCGAAAAUACUAUGUGAGGUUGAGAAGCUCAAUCUUACUGUAAUAUAUACUAAUGUCACGCCAUUCGGAAAUUUCGCCUUUGACAUAAACAUUAUUACUGAGAUGGAGGAAAAAUCCAGCUUGACCACGAAAGAGAUCGUAAAAAUUCUUGAUUCGGCCCUCCACCGUAGUGCAUAGAGAGUGCAAAAGAUUAAUUAACGACGUAGCCCACGAUUCCAAGAGGAUGCAUAGGAAUGGAGUUUCAGCUAAGUUGAUCGAUUUUAACACAAGGAGCUAACCCAUGGAUUCCACGGGCAAGCCGAUGAAUUGGAGUUGACGUGACUUGGACGAGGAUUAAUGAGGGACUGACGAAAAUAAAUAAAUAAAAAUAUGGUAAAUAAAUAUGUAUGUCUAGUCCUAUUCAGGGGGGCAUUUCAUGAUAGGCCAUGGUCAUGAUAUCAGGUGAAUUGUUCCAUCCAAAAGCGUCGAAGUUAUAAAUAUUAUCUUUAACUAUAUGCAUAAUUCCGAUGUCUCUUGA